CCAUGAGUUUAUCUUAUAUAUUACACCUUUUUAUCGAUAGGAAGUGCUGUAUUAGAAAUCUUAUAAGAACACAAAAUGCUGAUACCAUAAGUAUCCGAACAACUUGGCUCAGAGACAGAGAAUGUGGAGUUGCUAUUCGCUAGAUUUCACUGUCUCCUUUAGGAUAUUUCAAGCUUUAUUCAGCUUCUUGCUCUAUCUCAUGCUAUGUACAUUAGUUUUGGACUCUAAUUGUUGAUUUUACAUUUACAAACAAGAUACCAUUGUUUAAAUUAACAUUUAUCGAUGUCCUUCUUCAGGCAUGUUCGCGAUGUGGCCUUUCAAAAGUCAGAUUUGUUCUUCGUCUGCCUGUUAAGACCCCUGUCAAAACAGAUCAUGGUUGAUGAUCUAGAAAUUCAGGAUGCUAUGUGGAUGCCUCUAGUUGAGUUUGUGGAGCAACCUCUAAUCCAAGAAGACGACACGUUCAAGAAAAUAAUUGACAUUUUCAUCGCUAGACUAGGGAAGCGGUACUGCGGAUUGUCUGUCCAUCAAUUGGUUUCCAAAUUUGAUGACAAACUUUCUACAUUGUACUUUAACACAGUUGAUGAUCCAAAUUUGAACUGUCAAGCCAGUUAGAAUCACAAUCAGUAUUGUCUUGUGUAUAUGUGUAAUCUAUAGGUUAUGGAUUCUGUAAAUAUACUUAAAAAUUAUUCAAAAGAACUUGUUACAG